AAGCCGAUGCAUGAAAACAACACCGUCCACGCGCUUGGCCUGGCCUGGCAGCCAAGGGCUGACACCUUCCAUUUCACCAUCGAUAUGGCCGUGAACGUUCCUGUCACCAAGAGGAAAAUACUAUCUGCCGUCGCCCAAGUCUUCGAUCCAUUAGGGUUCCUCACCCCCGUGGUCAUGGUUGCAAAAAUAUUCAUUCAAGAAUUGUGGACACUCAAAUUGGGCUGGGACGACGAGCUUUCCCACGACACCUCUCAGAUAUGGAUCCAGUACCUGAACCAGCUUCGAGAAUUGCAGCAACUUUCCAUUCCGCGGUGGCUUCAACUCCCCGCCACCUCAACUUUCGAGAUCCAUGGAUUCUGCGACGCAUCCCAGAAGGCUAUGGCAGCUGUAAUCUAUGUGCGAGCGACUGUGACUGGAGCCCCUACCAUCACAUUGAUGUGCUCGAAGACCAAGGUUGCACCUCUUAAGCGGCUCACCAUCCCACGCCUCGAGCUCUGCGCAACCGUGCUCCUCGCUCGUCUGCUAAAGCACGUCAUUGCCUCGAUGAAUUGGGGCGCGCACCCUACCUACUGCUGGACUGACUCCGCCAUCACAUACACCUGGGUUAACAAUCAUCCCUCACGUUGGAAGGAGUUCGUCCACAAUCGAGUGACCUUCAUUCAAGAGGUUUCAUCGGCAAUUCAAUGGCGCUUCGUUCCUGGAAGACUAAAUCCAGCGGAUUGUGCCACCCGCGGCCUAACGGUGGCAGAACUUAUCAGCCACCCGCUGUGGUGGAACGGACCCUCAUACCUGCUGCAGGCCCCGGAUUGCUGGCCGAGUGACGUGCAAGCCGACUUCACGCAUGAGAUGUUAGAAGAGCGACCCACAAAAGUCCACGUAGUCACGACGAUACCGGAGCCGCUGCUUAAUCAUCUCUUCAACAGAGCUUCAUCACUCACACGACUCAUCCGAUCCACGGUGGUAUUUGAUCGAGCCGUUGCAAGAUUCAAGAAACAGCCGUCAGCCUCACUGAUGAUCAACCCCAUCUCACCUGGCGAUCUGGAGGAAGCUCGACUCUAUUGGACAAGGCAUGUUCAAGGACAAGUAUUCUGGCUGGAAAUUCAGACCCUGAAAAAAGGCGAACAACUCGGCAGGACCAAUCCACUGGCCAGAUUAACGCCCUGGGUCGACCCUGCUGGCGUUCUUCGCGUUGGGGGACGUCUUCAAAACUCCAAUCUUAAUGCUGAAGCCCGACAUCCGAUUAUUCUACCACGACGCCAUCACUUCACCGAUCUGAUCAUUCUGGACGCACACCGCAGCACCCUACACGGCGGCACCCAGCUCACCCUGGCUUACAUCCGCAAUCACUAUUGGGUACUUGGCGGUCGAGCACCAGUCCGGUCCCAUAUUCGCCGCUGCGUACGUUGUGCCCGCUUCCGACAAGAGCGUGCCCAGCAACUCAUGGCACCGCUUCCAACUCCCAGAGUCACGCAGUCACGAGCAUUCGACCACACCGGUGUUGACUACGCCGGACCAUUCAACAUCAAAACCUGGAGGGGAAGAAACACCAAGACCUACAAAGGCUAUUUUGCAUUGUUCGUCUGCCUUUCUACAUCAGCUGUACACCUGGAGCUGGUCAGCGACUAUACAUCCGACGCCUUCAUCGCUGCCUACAAGCGGUUCACCGCACGUCGAGGAAUCUGCGCGACCCUCUACAGCGACUGCGGCACUAAUUUCAAAGGUGCAGAUAAGGAGAUCCGACGACUGUUCACCGCCGCCACCAAGGAAUCAAUGGAGAUUGGCAACCUCCUUGGAUCCCUUGGUACCCAGUCGAAACUUAACCCACCCUCUGCACCCCACUUUGGCGGAAAAUGGGAAUCCGGGGUUAAAUCUGUCAAGCAUCACCUCCGACGCAGCGUUGGCGAACGAACUCUAACCUUCGAAGAGAUGACCACCUUCCUGACCCAAGUCGAAGCGACGCUGAACUCUCGUCCACUCUGUCCGCUGACUGAGGAUCCUGCAGACCUCGAGGCACUCACGCCAGGACAUUUUCUUAUAGGCAAGGCCCCCAACGUGUUGCCAGAACCCUCGCUGGCCCAUCUACAACCGGACAGACUGUCUCGUUGGCAACUUGUUCGCCAAGCUCUCGACGGCUUCUGGAAGCAUUGGUCAACAGCAUGUCUCCAACGCUACCUGUCCAUCUCCAAGUGGAACCAACGUUCGCCCAAUUUCAAGUCGGGCGACAUGGUGCUCGUGAUAGACGAACGUUAUCCGCCAGCGAAAUGGCCACUGGGUCGUGUCACGCAAGUCCACCCCGGGAAAGAUGGCCUCAUCCGGACCGUGACCGUUCGCACCCAAGCCUCCACAUUGGACAGACCCAUUGUCAAGCUAUGCCGAUUGCCCAUCAACCAAGAUGUCUUGUAAUAAUUCGUUACCAGGGUAACGAAUUGGCGGGCGGGAAAAUGUUAAAACUUUAACACCAAACUAAUAAAGAUCUCUCUUAGCACUCACACUGCUAUCUAGCGAAUCACCACCACUGCUACAUUCAAACCUAAUGUGGUCACCCACCGCCAUCUCUCAACACCAGCAGCCACUAAAUGUCUCACAAGGAAGCCGUUGGGAGGGGAGCCACCCCACCACCCGAGGAAGAAUCGAGGCCUCAGCUAACAUGUCACUGACUCGUCCAUUCCGUUCGAAGCCAGCUUCCAGCGAAUACCGCAGCGAGCCUACUACCACUCGACGCACCACGCUACACCACGUUACGCCACGUCACACCACACCACGCCACACCACGCUACACCACGCUACACCACGUCACGCCACGUCACACCACACCACGCUACACCACGUUACACCACGUUACACUACACUGCACUACACUACACCACACCACACCAUACACAAGGUACAUCUCGCAUCCACACACCAACUAGGUUAUAGGCGGUCGACCCCCCCGAGCGACCGUGCCUUCGAGUGCACCACCUGCUGGGAUCUAACCACAUCGACACCCGCACCGUCAACUACAUCUCUCAUUGUCUCAGCAUCGGAAACCAGAAUAACACGCCUUACGCUAAAGCUUGAUCUGUAUUAUCAGAAUCGCAGUUGAAUUUACCAAUACAAGUUU